UUCUGACCGACGCGGCGGCUCGCCUCCGGCCCGUCGAGGACAAAUUCGGUGGGGGCGGUGCCCCGACGAACCGAGGAUUGGGCUCCCGGCUCCAGCCCUUCAACUGCGACCCCAUCGAGGUGCUCGCAGAUUCAGGGAGAGGAAGGCAAAAGGAGCCCCAAAGUUUCCCGCGCUUAGUCGUCCCCAACCCAGCCUCCAGCUCCAGAUCCAGCCAGUGCCGCCACCGCACCCACUCGGCGCCUCCGGUGCGCCCCUUCCCCACCGCCCGAGCGCGAUGGCCUCGACGAGGGACCUAGUCAUAGCCUCUCUCUCAGCUGCGGCUGGCGCCGCUGCCGCCGCCGCGGCACUGCGCUUCAUGUCUUCCUGCACGACAUCCUCCGUCAGGCCCCAGAACCUGUCCCUCGCCACCAACGGAUCUGCCGCCCAGCGACCGCCUAAGCAGUCGCCCUUCGAUCCCACCAAGAGGGAAGGGUAUAUCUCCUGGGACGAUUACUUCAUGGCGAUCGCCUUCCUUUCGGCUGAGCGGUCCAAGGAUCCUAAUCGGCAGGUUGGAGCAUGCUUGGUUAGCCAAGAGGGAAUAAUCCUAGGAAUUGGCUACAAUGGCUUCCCAAGAGGUUGUUCUGAUGACAAGCUUCCUUGGGCAAAGUUUCAGAAGGCAUUCACAGAUUCACUCUCCCACUUUAAGGAAAUCACAUCCUUUACGUAUGAUGAAGAAAGCAAUACUAUUUUGCCAAUUAUUUUUCUAUUUCAGAAAUCUGCAAAUGGAGAUCCAUUAGAGACAAAAUAUCCCUAUGUUGUUCAUGCUGAAGUUAACGCAAUUCUAAAUACAAAUCAUGCUUCAGCAGCUGGACAGAAAUUAUACGUCACCAUGUUCCCAUGCAAUGAAUGUGCCAAGAUUAUCAUUCAGUCAGGCGUAUCUGAGGUCAUCUACUUCGUCGAGAAAAGGAUUGACAACUCAGCUCAUGUUUAUGUCGCCUCUCACAAGUUGUUAUCGAUGGCUGGUGUCAAGGUUAGAAAGCAUCAGCCGCAGAUGGCACAUAUACCGAUCAAGUUUCAGGAGCCAUGAGGCUGGUACUAGUGAACGAAUAAAUGAUGAAUAAAUGGCGCAAGAUAUCUGUUGAUCGUGUCACUGGUGACAAGUGACCCUGACAGCCUCUCAGCUGGCAUGCAGGUCGGAUCACUCCCUUGCCCUUCAGGGAGCUGUUGUAACUUCUGAAAAAUCAUAAGGUUGAAUUCGUACCGGUAAUUGUAUAGGCAUUUCAAACUAACUUCUGAUAUCGGAAGCCGCUUCAAAAAAAAAAACUUCUGAUAUCGGAUACUCCUAAUUAUUUGUGGUGUGGCUGUUGCGGUGUCC